AUGUGUAUAGAAACAAAGAGAAAGUGUCAGAACAGAGAGUCACAGAGGAAAGAAUCAGAAGACAGGAAGAAGAAGAAAAAGAAGAAAGAAAAGAUGAGACGUGAUAAAGAAAAGAAGACAAAUGAUAAAACUAGAAAAGAACACGAGAUACUGGAUGAGGGAAACUCCAAUCCUGAGAACACAGGAAACCCAUAUCCUAUCUUUUGUGAAACGUCAACUGAUAAUGUUGACAUUAUUGAUGAAGAAACAAACACUGGCAGACAAAAAGGAAAAAGAAAUGAUUAUAACAAAAGUGAGGAGAAUAAGAACAAGAAGAGAAAGAGAGAAACAUGUGAGAAGACAGAAGACGCAGAUGAAGAAACUCAUUCAGAAACAGGCCUUAGACCUGAAGAAAUCGAUCUUGACGACACGUUGAACCAAUAUCAAGAGCCCGAUAAAGAAAUAUUUAAUGACGCUGACGUAUUUGAUGAUAGAACAGAGAGUCACAGAGGAAAGAAUCUGGAAGACGAGAAGAAAAAGAAAGAAAAGAUGAUACGUGAUAAAGAAAAGAAGAGGAAGAUAAAAUGA